UGGAAGCAACUGCAUGCUCACGUCUUGCCACUUUUCAACGGUGAACCAUUCGAGGACUUCAACCAGCUCAUCAAGCGUCACAUUCACGUGACUGUCCCUCAAUUGUCUGCCGAGGCCUUCAGUAUGCUUGAGAAUGACGCGUCCGACCUCAUUUCAUCAGGCAUGGUGGCUCUGAAUGCGAAGCUCAAUGAUGUCGAGGACGAAAAGCCAGUAGGAAGAGUAGUUGAGCUCUGAGGUUUCUUCGGGGAUCAAGUCUUGCCCUAUAUGGUAGGGAUAC